UGAACUUUAAGAUUAGACUGCCACCUUGGAUCUAAAUGAGAUGCCCUCUUCCUCUCCAAAAAAAAAAGGGGGUGUGUGCAGAGGUAGGUUAUUCCAAUCAGGGUUUCUCUUUCUCUUAAGCAAAUGAUGAUCAAAGCAACUGACAAACUGUCACGGAAUCUGCCAGACCUGACUCUGGCCUUGCCCCGUCUCUCCAGCUCCUGAACUUUUCUGUCUUCCGUCAUGCUCUGAGCCCAUUCCUAGCAAGCUAACUGGUUCCCUGGUCUGAAGCAUCCUGGGCCUACUGAGCUCUGAUCCCAGUGCCCACCUCUGCCCUCUUAUAACCUGAUACCUGUGCUUCAUGGAGGUACCCUCCAACCUUUCCUCCAAUAUGGAACCAGGCACCUAUAUUAAAAUGAAUGAUUCAGUCACCCAACUACCCUCCAAAGUAGCGAUACAAGACAUUACUAUGGAUCUACACUGUCCACUGUGCCAUGAUUGGUUCCGUGAUCCACUGAUGCUAAGCUGUGGCCAUAACUUCUGCCAACCCUGUAUCCAAAACUUUUGGAAGCGGCAAGCAAAGGAAACCUUCUGUCCUGAGUGUAAAAUGCUAUGUCAAUAUAGCAAUUGUACAUUCAACCUUAUACUGGAGAAGCUGGUAGAGAAGAUUAAGAAGCUACCCCUACUCAAGGGCCAUCCCCAGUGCCCAGAGCAUGGAGAGAACCUGAAACUGUUCAGUAAACCAGAUGGGAAGUUAAUCUGCUUUCAAUGCAAGGAUGCCCGGUUGUCUGUGGGACAGUCUAAGGAGUUCCUGCAAAUCUCUGAUGCUGUCCGCUUCUUCACGGAGGAGCUUGCCAUCCAACAGGGUCAACUGGAGACAAUCCUGAAGGAGCUUCAGGCCCUGAGGAACAUGCAGAAAGAUGCUAUUGCUGCUUUCAAGGAAAACAAGCUACAUCUGCAGCAGCAUAUAUCCUUGGAGUUUCUAAAGCUGCAUCAGUUCCUGCACAACAGAGAAAAGGACAUUUUAAAUGAGCUCCGGGAAGAGGGGAAAGCCUCGAAUGAAGAGAUGGAGCUGAAUAUGAACCAGCUUCAGGAGCAUUGUCUCCUAGCCAAGGACAUGUUGGUGAACAUUCAGACACGGCUGGAACAGCAGAACUCCUUCGACUUUCUCAAAGACAUCACAAGUUUCUUGGAUAGCUUGGAGCAAGGAAUGAGGGUAUUGAUACCCAGAGAGCUUAUCUCCAGAAAUCUGAACCUGGGCCAGUUCAAAGGUCCCAUCCAGUACAUGAUAUGGAGGGAAAUGCAGUCCACUCUCUCUCCAGGCCUAUCUCCAAUAACUCUGGACCCUAAAACAGCUCACCCAAAUUUGGUGCUCUCCAAAAACCGAACAAGUGUGUGGCAUGGUGACCUCAAGCAGGCGUUGCCUGAUGAUCCAGAGAGGUUUGACUCAAGUGUGGCUGUGCUGGGCUCAAAAGGAUUCACAUCUGGAAAGUGGUACUGGGAAGUAGAAGUAGCAAAGAAGACAAAGUGGACAGUUGGAGUUGUCAGAGAAUCCAUCAUUCGGAAGGGCAGCUGUCCUCUAACUCCUGAGCAAGGAUUCUGGCUUUUAAGACUAAGGAACCAAACUGAUUUAAAGGCUCUGGAUUUGCCUUCUUGUAGUCUGAAGCUGAUGGACAACCUCAACAGGGUGGGCAUAUACCUGGAUUAUGAAGCAGGACAACUGUCCUUCUACAAUGCUAACACCAUGAUGCACAUUUAUACCUUCAGUACCACUUUCCUGGAGAAAGUUUAUCCCUACUUCUGCCCCUGCCUUAAUGAUGGUGGAGAGAAUAAAGAACCAUUGCACAUCUUACAUCCACAGUAAUUGGUCAUACUAUUGUAUAAAUUCAGAGUGAUAUUAAAGAGGUAUUGAAAUAGUUUA